AACCAUAUGGCUUUGAUAAGGAUGACACGUUUAUAUAACAAUAGUUUAAUUCGCUGUUUCUCCUCAAAUAAUCAGGUCUCCUCAAUGAUUCUGGCAUCACGCUCAAUUAAACCAAUUCUGAGGGAGUUUCUCCGAGAGAUUUCUGAAAGAGGUCAUUUUAAAGGUUAUAAUUUGGGAGUCGGGAUCAAAAACGAGGAGAGAUGAACUUGGGAGGGCGGCAAGAGAGGCUUCGCGCGUCUGACACCUCCAGGCUUCAACGCUGAUUGGCUCUUAUUUGAAGGAGCUCAUGGGUUCAUUCAACUAUUAAGCGCCUCCCAGUUCCUCUAAAGGACAUUAUAAUGCAAGGAACCUCCUUUUUAACCACAAACCGAAUUUGCUUUCAUUUAGGCCAUAUAUAUUUUUUAAAUAGUUUAAAGUCAUAGAGAUUUUUUUGGAAAAGCAUUUCGCCCUGGAGCGGUGCGCGAUGCUUUCGCACGCCGACCUGCUGGAUGCUCGCCUCGGUGAGUUAUCAACGCCAAACUCCGGUCUGCAACUCUACUGGAUGAAGGAUGCCGCGGCCGAGCUUCUGGGUCACAGGGAGGCAUUGAAAUGCAGGCUGGGCGGCGGCGGAACUGACCCGGGCCACCCCGGAGAACUCGCCCCGGUCUCCGAUGCGGUGGAAGGGGCCACCCUUCUUCCCGGAGACGAUAUCAACAGUGCUGGAUCCAAUCCGCCGGGUGUAACGGUGAACAGUAAGGAACAGGAGAAGCAACAGCAGCAGCAACAGAACCCCACCCAGUCCGGCGGGCAGCAGAGUCAGAAACAGAAACGGCACCGGACUCGCUUUACUCCGGCUCAGCUUAACGAGCUGGAACGCAGCUUCGCCAAAACCCACUAUCCGGACAUCUUCAUGCGGGAGGAGCUCGCGCUCCGGAUCGGCUUGACGGAAUCACGCGUGCAGGUUUGGUUUCAGAACCGUCGCGCCAAAUGGAAGAAGCGCAAGAAGACCACCAACGUGUUUCGCGCUCCGGGCACUUUGCUGCCCACUCACCACGGCCUACCGCAGUUCCCCUCCGCCGCGGCGGCCGCUGCAGCCAUGGGCGACAGCUUGUGCUCUUUUCACGCUAAUGACACCCGCUGGGCGGCUGCUGGGAUGCCGGGAGUCUCGCAGCUGCAGUUACCGCCCGCCCUAGGCCGACAACAAGCCAUGGCACAGUCUCUAUCCCAGUGCAGCCUGGGCGCCGGACCGCCGCCCAACUCCAUGAGCCUGUCCAACAUGUCCUCCAAUGGGUCCGGGCUCCAGUCCCACCUCUACCAACCCACCUUCCCCGGUAUGGUGCCAGCGUCGCUCUCUGGCCCCACCAAUGUGACCGGCUCGCCUCAGCUGUGUAGCUCCCCGGACACUGACGUCUGGAGAGGGACGAGCAUCGCGUCCCUGCGCCGCAAAGCGCUCGAGCACACAGUGUCCAUGAGUUUCACCUAAUACUUUGACGUGCUGAUCACCUCCUGUUUCUCGUCCACCCAUCAUUUCUGGCUCAGUGACGCACACGGAAGUGUAAGGAUACGACUGUCCUCUAGUAAACGAACUGUGCGCGCCUGAUGGAAAUAAAACCUAAAGCAGUAUUUAUUUAUUUAUUUAUUUACUUAUUUAUUUAUUUCAUUAGCACUUUCUUUUUGCAAAUUUAAUAUGUCAACGCCCUGGACAGAAAAUAAUCUGCACUUUUGCAAUGUAUUUGUUUGCAUUUGAUCUCAGAGAAACAAGCCGAGCGACGGUGCACUCGUUUUUAGUAUUCUUCUUCUUAUUAUUAUUAUUAUCAUCGUCAUUAUUAUUAUUAUUAUUAUUAUUAUGGAAGAAAUCGUUCACAUUUUAAGACUGUUUUAUGAAACGGUGGAAGAAAGGAAGGAAAAUAUCUCAAAAAGAAUUAAGAAACUUGACUGCAUGUGUCGACCACCAAGGUAAACAACAUCAUCAACAUAAACAACAACAACAACAACAACAACAACGGGGAAAUGUCAUUUAAAAGAAAAGUAUGACUUUGUUAUAUGCUGUUAUAUAGGAUGUUUUGUGUAGAUAAAGCAUUCUUAACCUGUUCCCAUUCGGUCAGUUUGUGAUAUGUUCUAAGUUAAUGUAUGUGCUUAUACCAAUAUAAAUUUCUUAAAUGUUUGAUCUUCUUCUUAACGGCUGUUUUGUUUCCUGAACAUGUUUAUAACGAUUGAAUGUAAAUUAACGAAUAAAAUCAUUUUCAAUAUGUCA